UCUCUCCACUCUUAACCUCGCAUACCAAUAUAUCACCUUCUAUAGAAUCAAAAUUUUUAUAUACAAAAUGGCCUCUUAUGUGUUUGUCAAAAUGCUUCUGCCAAUCUUCCAAUUUGCCCUGUUGCUUAACCUUGCAUUGGCAGCGAGGAGGCUCACUGAGUCUACCCAAGAUCAGCAAACCCAACUCUUCCAAUACCACAACGGUCCUCUUCUCACCGGAAAAAUCUCCAUCAAUGUCAUAUGGUACGGCAAUUUCAAGUCUUCCCAGAGAGCCAUUAUCUCCGAUUUCAUCGCCUCACUGUCAUCUCCGUCGUCUCAGAGCCAACCCUCUGUCGCCGAGUGGUGGAAAGCCACCGAGAAAUACUAUAGCCUGAUCAACUCCAAGAACCCAUCUUCAGUCCAGCUCUCCAUGGGGAAUCAAGUCCUUGAUGAAAAUUACUCUUUGGGCAAAUCACUCACCAGUCAACAAAUCGAACGGUUGGCAGCUACAGGUGAUCAGGUCAACGCCAUCAAUGUGGUAUUAACUUCAUCUGACGUGGUAGUUGAUGGGUUUUGUUCGAGUAGAUGUGGGUCCCACGGGUCUCUUUCUUCCAAAACUGCCCUUGUUGAGGGCAAAAAUCACAAGUUUGCAUACAUCUGGGUUGGUAACUCGGAGACUCAGUGUCCUGGUUUCUGUGCCUGGCCAUUUCACCAACCCAUCUACGGACCACAGAGCCCACCCUUGGUUGCACCCAACGGCGAUAUAGGUUCCGCUGGAAUGGUGAUAACCUUGGCUAGCCUUUUGGCUGGGACGGUCACGAACCCAUUUGGAAAUGGCUAUUAUCAGGGACCAGCUGGUGCACCACUAGAGGCUGCCUCGGCUUGUCCUGGGGUUUAUGCUAAGGGAGCUUACCCAGGCUAUGCUGGGGACUUGUUGGUCGACCCUACCACUGGUGCCAGCUACAAUGCGAAUGGUGCUAAUGGGAGGAAGUAUUUGCUGCCUGCUUUGUUUGAUCCAUCGACCCAAUCAUGUUCCACUCUAAUUUGAGCUUGUGGGGGAUUAUAGAUAAUAUUUUUUAGAAUUUUUUUUAAAGUAACAAAAGCUUGGAAAAUGUAUACGUUUAUAUUAAGAAAAUUCAAUUCAUUCAUUUUAUUUAUUCACUAUUCUUGUGUCUUUUAGCUAUAUAGAAUUCUCUGAGUAAAGAUGGCAUUAUCAUGAUCAAUUUGAAAAAGAGGACUAAAAAAUGGAAUUGAAUGACACAAUUUUUUUUUACAACUUUGAAUGAUACAACGUUGUCAUGGGAAGUUUUGAUCUUAUUUUCAC